AUGGACUUCCGCCUCGUGCCUCGCGGCACUGACCGCAACUACACAGGCUUCUUCACAAAGACGAUAGUCUACACCGGCACGCUGGUAAUAUUCCUCGCCUCUCUCGGUCUCACUAUAGCAUCCAUCGUGAUCCCGAAAUGGGUCAGCUACCACAGUGAAAAGCCCGAUCAUCAUUACUCUUACGGUCUCCAUCGUCGCUGCUCCUCUUUAACGGAUACCUGCGAGAGUUUCCCACAACGCGAAGACUGCCAUGGCGAAGAUCGAUAUUUCUGCUCGAUGUGGCGCUCGGUCGGCUUCCUCAUGUCCUUCGCCAUCGUGCUGCAGGGUAUGAGCGUCGUGACAUACUUGGUUAUCCUCUCGGGUGGGAAACGAUUACGCGAGAAUGGAUGGUCUGUUCUCAGUCUAAUGGUCGGACUGUCUGCUAUCGUGCAGGCUGCCGGCAUGUCCAUUGUGGCAUACUUAUUUGAUAACGAGGACCGAUUCUUUGUCGGCUGGAAACUCGAUCAGUCUUGGGUCUUUUGCACGGUCAGUUGGUGCAUUAGUCUCUUCUGUGCCGCUGCGGUUGUCUUGGCUGCUAAGGUCUUGCCCUCUGAGGGGGUUAUGAGUUAA